AUGACAGCGGGACCUGCGGUCGGUAGUUAUGACGGUCAAGCGGAGUGCCGAGCGCUAGCUCUGGUCGAUCGGCAGGUGGUCUAUCCACCGCUCCCUCUAGCGCCUUUAGCGGGGAUGAGACCUUCUCCUCCAGUCGACCGAAGACGGGCGCUUGUUUCGAUUUCCAUCCCGCAGAUAUCGGAUCAUCCGGUCGCGCCAGAUCCGGCUCAGGGGGAAGGGGACGGGCACAUCGACCAAACCGACUGGGCGGCAGCGUGGGAGACGUUAAAAUCGGGAUGGCCUAUUCACUCCAAAUUCCGUUUCCCACAGCCAGCAGCUCGACGUCGGAGUGGCAGCAAGUCGCCAGUCAGGCGUCCGACCACUUACUUUGGCUGGUAA